UAAUUGACUUUUUUCAGGAUAGAGAUGUGAUUAUGUGAACUGGCCAUAGAUCUUCGCUGGAAGAAUAAUUAGAUCUUAAAUCUAUAUAUUUUAUUACUCUAUCUGUACCUGUUUAAGUCUUUACAUAUCCUGAGGUGGUGCUGUUAAAAUAGCAUUCUUUGCUUACCAAAGUCUGAUGAAGAGCCAAGACUUCUGAAAAUACCAGUGCACUGAUCCACAGCUCCAUCCAUUCCCCAAAGUCUUACUGUUAUGACAAUGUUCCUCAUACCCAGAUGGCCACUGGCGGUGAUUGUAACCAUUUAUCUUGGGCUACUAAAAUCUACCCACGCUGGUGCUUACUAUGGGAUCAAGCAGAUACCUCCCCAAGUGCCACAAUACCAACCCCUUGGACAACAAGUACCUCACAUGCCAUUGGGCAAAGAUGGCCUUCCUAUGCAGCACAUGGGCAAGGAGGGACCACAUCUUUCAUAUGGAAAAGAAUAUGUGCCUCAGUACAUAAAAGAAAUUCCACAGAUCCCUAUGCUGGGCAAGGAGAGGAUUUCAAAGAAAGAGAAAGCAGAAAUCCCAUUAGCCAGUUUGAGAGGUGAACGAGGUCCACCUGGAGAGCAAGGACCAAGAGGCCCACCUGGACCUCCAGGAAUACCAGGACAUGGAGUGCCAGGAUCCAAAGGCAAACCAGGCCCACAAGGAUACCCAGGGAUUGGCAAGCCGGGUAUGCCUGGAAUGCCAGGAAAACCAGGAGGAAUGGGGGCUCCUGGACCAAGAGGUGAGAUGGGGCCAAAGGGAGAGAUUGGGCCAAUGGGCAUUCCAGGACCCCAAGGACCACCAGGACCUCAUGGACUACCUGGGAUAGGAAAACCAGGGGAUAGAGGAUUGCCAGGACAGCCUGGAGCAAAGGGGGAGCCAGGAAUGAAAGGGCCACCUGGAAUCCAAGGCCCUCCAGGUCCCAAAGGAGAUAAAGGUGUUGGAAUUCCAGGACUGCCAGGGCUAAAAGGUCCUCCUGGUUUGCCUGGCCCUCCAGGUCCUGUUGGACUACCCGGGAUAGGCAAACCAGGCCUGAUUGGUUUUCCAGGCCCACAGGGACCCGCAGGCAAACCAGGCCUUCCAGGAGAGCCAGGGCCUCAAGGAUUAGGUGGAGCUCCUGGGAUUCAAGGGCCUCCUGGCAUUCCAGGUAUAGGAAAGCCUGGCCAAGACGGGAUCCCAGGACAGCCAGGCUUUCCAGGUGGAAAAGGAGAACAAGGUUUACCCGGUUUGCCAGGACCUCCUGGUCAACCUGGGAUGGGGAAGCCAGGUUUCCCAGGGCUUAAAGGGGAGCGUGGCAUACCUGGUCUUCCAGGGCCAAUUGGGCCUAAAGGUGAGAAAGGUCACGUGGGCCCACCUGGCAUGGGUGGACCACCAGGAGAGCCAGGGCAAGCAGGGUUGCCAGGACUAAUGGGCCCCUCAGGUGGCAUGGGGUUCCCGGGCCCCAAAGGGGAAGCUGGGGCUGUUGGGCCUCAGGGGCCUAUUGGUCCAAAAGGUGAGCUUGGAUUACAGGGUUUUCCUGGAAAGCCUGGUUUCCCAGGGGAGGUGGGGCCUCCUGGCCUGAGAGGUUUGCCUGGUCCGAUGGGACCUAAAGGAGAAGCUGGUCACAAAGGUUUGCCAGGAGUUCCUGGUGCUCAGGGGCCUAUCGGACCUAAAGGAGAACCUGGAAUCCCAGGAGCUCAAGGUCACCAAGGCCCUUCUGGAAUCCCAGGCACUGCAGGUCCCGGUGGUCCCAUUGGACCUCCAGGACUUCCUGGGGCUAAAGGUGAACGCGGCUUACCAGGCCCACCAGGGUUUCCAGGAAUGGGAAAACCGGGCAUUACUGGGAUGCAAGGACCACCUGGAAAGCCUGGAUCAGCCGGUGCUCCUGGCCAGCCAGGCCUCCAGGGACCUCCUGGGCCCCCUGGACCCCCCGGUCCCCCAGUAAUAAUACAACCCACACCACCAGCUAUGGGACAGUAUUUGCCUGAGGUGGGUCCAGGUGUUGAUGGAGUGAAGACCCCAUAUGGCUAUAUGAAGAAGAAAAGCAAACAUGGCAGUGCUGCUUUGGAGAUGCCAGCUUUCACAGCUGAGCUCACCACUCCUUUCCCACGAGUUGGGGUGCCUGUGAUGUUCGACAAGCUUCUCUAUAAUGGCAGACAGAAUUACAAUCCCCAGACUGGAAUCUUCACCUGCGAAAUCCCUGGGAUCUAUUACUUUGCCUACCACAUACACUGCAAAGGGGGGAAUGUCUGGGUGGCUUUGUUCAAGAACAAUGAGCCACUGAUGUACACGUAUGAUGAAUACAAGAAAGGCUUCCUGGACCAAGCUUCUGGAAGUGCUGUUAUCCAACUGAUGCAAGGAGACAGAGUUUAUAUCCAGAUGCCCUCUGAACAGGCAGCGGGACUUUAUGCUGGGCAAUACGUCCACUCAUCUUUUUCAGGGUAUUUAUUGUAUCCCAUGUAAACCAAACACUUGGACAAAAUGAAAACUCUUCUCUUUUUUCUGUGUUUCAAACCUAUACCAUUGAAAGAUGCAUUUAAUGAUUCUUGCUUUGUUUUGUUUUGGACCAACAUGUACAAUCAUUCAAAUAAAAUUACUGUACAACUUUAAGUGCUCUGUACAGCUUGUUAUGAAGGAAAAGAAAGUGGUGAGAAAUCCAAUGAGGAAUCUUGUUUCCUGCUGUACACCGAAAACUACCAGCCUUUGCCUGUUCCAUUUCAAUGAGGAUAGUAUCAUGUUUGGGGGGUCUCAUGACAUCAGUUCGUUCUAUUGUUUGUUUACCUGAAACAUUCUGCUAAAAUUGUUUCUUUUUUAAAGAAACAGAGAUGCUUGCUUUAUAGAACUGUACUUAAGAAUUUGUUUUAAAAAACAACAACAAGAACAACACUGAUGUAAAAUCAGGUUAAUGAUCUUACAAUAAAAGCCAAAAUAUUAUCCUUGCCCUAAAUCCUCCUCCCCCCCCCCCCUUUGAACAAUGGAUCCUCUUCUGAUCUGCUGGAAACUUUAAAAGGUGGCAAGUUAGAUUUGAAGAUUUGGGAAAUGAAUGCCUUCACUUCAGAUAAAACUUCACGACAAAAUGUUUUAUGUGCUGAGAAGCCAAUUCAUGUUAGUAUAAAGCAGGCUAGUCACAACCACCACGUAGACUGAUCAAUGUUCUUCUAGACCAGUGCUCCAAACGUUGAUCCUCCAGAUGUUUUGGACUUCAGCUUCCAGAAUUCCAUACUGUUGCCCAAGCUGGCUGGGACCUCUGGGAGUUGAAGUCCAAAACAUUUGAAGCACCAAAGUUUGGGAAUCCCUGCUCUAGACUCUGAUAUAAGGACUGGCAAGGUGCUUGACACUCAGGCAAGAGUGAAACAUCUGAGUCAUGGAUAUAAAAGGAUUGAUCCCAAACAAGCACAGUGCUGUGGGCUUGAGCUAGACAAAGUUAAACCCUUUUAGGUUGCUUUGGUUUCAAUGGUGGAGAGCUUUAAAUGCACAUCAGUAGGAGAGCCUGGCCCUAUUGUUAGGUUGAAUGACAUUACUCCAUCCUCACCACAGAUGGCAGAUGGUAAGAGGAAGAAAACAGCCGUGAAGGCUAGAAGAUAUAACUGAGGAUAUUCCAAAUUCUGUUCUGCAGCUUGCCCCUGAAAUAGACCACUGGCUUUCAGUAUAAUGGAGGAUGUUAUCUGCAGGGCUUCCAUGAAGAAAAAGAAGUAGUCAUAGAAUCAUAGAGUUGGAAGAGACCACAAGAGCCAUCCAGCUCAACCCCC